AGAUCUGAAGAACAUCACAUCUGAUAUCAGUUAGGCCUCACUGCAGCCAUGUCGAACUCACUAGAAGGCUGUGGCCAGAUAACGGCAGACUUCCAGUUUAUUCUGUUCCCAGUUGUGUUCAUUCUGGUGUUUGUGUUUGGACUGACUGGAAAUUUGGUGGCUCUUUAUGUUUUCAUUUUUAAAAUUACCAAUCACUUGUCUUCCAACACCUACAUCAUCAACCUUGCUGUUGUGGACACCAUGUUCAUCUUCACGCUGCCCUUUCGGAUUCAUUAUCACUUAAACAAGAAUAACUGGAUCUUUGAGAAUGUGACUUGCAAGAUCACGGGGACCCUCUACCACACCAACAUCUACAUAAGCAGUGCCUUUUUAACAUGCAUUUGUGUCGACCGCUACAUUGCCGUCGUCUUUCCCUACACUUACAUCAAGCUUCAGAAAGCCAGAUACAGCAUAAAAGUGAGCAUGCUGGUGUGGGCCAUUGCAGCUGGCUUCAUGCUCUCCUUGUUACUUUAUGCCCCGGAGAUCAACACACGUAACAACAUCACUAACUGCUUUGAAAACUUCACCUCUAAACAGUGGUCUCAGCAAAUGGCGGUCUAUCACAUCUGUGGCUUGCUCUUUGGCUUCCUUAUUCCUUUCACAAUCAUCAUGAUCUGCUACUCUCUAAUUGCCAGACGCAUCUCCAAAAUCCGCAAUGCCAGCAGCAGAAAGGCACUUCGGAUCAUUUACAUCACCCUGAGCAUCCUAAUCCUGUGCUUCCUUCCUUAUCACAUCACUCAUCUCCUCUACUUCCUGGCAAGAGUGGGGCACAUCAAGAGCUGCUCCUGCACUGAGGUCCUUUACAAGCUGCGCAGGAUCACCAUGGCCACUGUCAGCCUCAACAGCUGCUUUGACCCGCUCAUGUAUUAUUUUGCAACGGCCAAAUUCAGCUGGAGCAUUUUCAAGAGGCUCAGGCCACCGAGGAAGAAGAGGGUGUACACGAUUUACGGACCUGACAGCUGCAAGUGAAAUUUCAAUGCAAGCACACACAUGUACACUUACAGAUGCCAAAACCACAAAUGACAAAGGACUUGUUGUGACCACAUGGCACAUCUUCAAGUGCUGGCAUAUUUUUGUGCUCCAGAUGUUCUUUUUUUUAUAAUCACGGACAGCAUGGUGGUGUAGUGGUUAGUACCCAAGAGUCUGGGCUCGAUGCCCAGCCUUUUCACUUCCUGUGUGGGGUUUUGCCAACACUCCCUGUGUCUGUGUGGAUUUUGCUCUUAGAACAUCAAAAGGGGUAAACUGGGGA